CCGCCAAUGGCCACCAGCAUGCUCGACCAGUUUCUGUCGGGAAUUUCGCAGGUAGUAGCUCAUCGGCAGGGUGAUGAUUUACGCGAGCUCUUGCAAGUCCUGCCUGAGCGCAUGAGAGAUGGAUACCGGGCCAUGGCUAUCGAGCUACGGGCAAACUAUCCAUCCGGGCCGGGCGACGAGGCUUUGUUGAAACGCUGCGAGGCGCUUGUUCCCAAGACCACAGAAGGAACAACUUGGCCAGCGUUCCCGAUAUUCAUCAGGUCCUACCUAGCUUAUCUCCGGGAUGGGAAUAUUUCAAACCAGCUGGAAGCAUACAAAGCUUUGAACGGAGUGUUGUACCAAUGCAUGCAAGCUCUAGGAGACUCCCAAAUGGGUGCCAUCGUUCUUCGUACUGUCAUUUAUUUGUCGCAGGUUGUCGCCGGUCUGGCAAUGGCGCUCGAAAAUGAUCCUGAGUUGCUGCGCAAACUACGAGCGGACGAACCACAAGACGCAUUCGAAAGGUCGAACUUGGUUGAGGAUGCCGCCAAUGUUGUUCGUGAGGGUUUCAUCAAGUGUCUGACUGAUCGUGUUGGCACGACGGGAACAAAAGGUAGACCAGAAGGGAAGCGGGCAGGUGUUUAUCUGAUGGUUAACCAGUGUCUAAAGCUGCUACAUAGGUGCGGCAGUCUCCGAGGUGCAGAUACAAUAUUUAAAAGCAUUUCCGCUCAAUCGGCCCCCCUUAGCUUUUAUCCAGCCGCGCAGCGAGUGACCUAUCUCUACUAUCUCGGACUAUACCUAUUUUCAAACAACCAGUUCUUCCUCGCCCACAAGGCUCUGUGGGAAUCGUAUAUGCAAUGCCACGUCAAUUGUUACCAGCAAAAGCGCCAUAUUCUAAUCCACCUCAUCUCGUGUAAUAUCGUCAUGGGUCGAUUCCCUUCUCUAACACUACUGCAAAAACCCGAGGCUCGGGAUCUUUCUCAAAUAUUCAUUCCACUGUGCAAACUCAUCUGCUCCGGUGACUACUUGUCAUUUCGCGACCAUUUUAGACAAGGCUCUCCUACCGCUGAGUGGUACAUUAAGAAUGGGUUACUGUAUCAAAUACGCAAUCGUUGCGAGCUUCUUGUCUGGCGAUCUCUGAUCCGCAAAGUCUUUAUUUACGGUGGCUUUCAUGGCGACCCGACGGCCCAGCGGUCCCCGCCACCGAUGCUUCAUCUCAGCAAAUUGGAAACAGCCGUCAGGUUCAUCCAGGCACGGCAUUCAGGCCAUAUCGGCGCCGCAACCCUUUCGUCGAUUGAAACGAAUGGAUUCAGUGAUGUCUUCACUCUUCAUACCUCCAGGGACAGUGACUAUGAUGUUAUCACAGACUUUCCCUCGACACUAUCCGCCUCUCGAGAUGCGACCGACGACGCGGAUUACCUUUAUCCACCUGGUUAUUAUGACCAGAACGGAGUUUUUGUUGAAAAUUCCGACGGCCAGCGUGUCCCUGGUCACGAAGACGAAGAAUAUGCGGGCAACAUAGGUGACCUGGUGCCGUAUUCCAACGAUCACUCUGAAAUCGAGCACACGUCGAGGCUACUGCGCGAUCUAGAGUCCAUUGUUGCCUCUCUCAUAAACCAGAACCUGCUUGGUGGUUAUUUGACACAUAACCCCGCUCGGUUUGUGAUUCCAGGUGCUAAACACGUUGGAGCCAUGGCGAAGGGCUUUCCAAACGUUUGGCAAACGAUCAGCAGUCAACAGGAAAGACAUGGCAACGUCGUACCCGCCUGGGUUAUUGCACCACAAAGUGCGUUUGACCAGCCAGCACUCACCAGUGCAGCUGGUGGUAGCCGUGUCGUGAAUCUAACGGGAGCCAAAGCGGUUGGGUCGUGAUGAGGGCUUUACCACUAUUUUCCUCUGCAUACAAACACAACCUUCUUCUGUAGUUUUGGUAAAUAUUGGCGUUUGAGUAAGAGUGCUACCAUGUCGUUUUGGGUAUACCCGCAUUUGUGUACUCUAUUAUAUCUUCCUUUUGGAUUGAAUUUACCCGAGCUCGCAGUCUUCAAUACCACAUAUCACGUAUCACG